CCUGCGCAGUGGCUCCGAGCGGGCGGUUGCUUGUUGGUUGUUGUAGUAACGGGGGAAGCAGCCUUCGGCGGCUGCGUUGAUUCCGACUGGGGAAGGAGGAGGGAGGUGAAGCAGAGCGCGGUCCCCGCCUGCCAGCCCCGAGCUACGAGAAGAUGAGACAGGAGUCUGUGCUAUCCAAAUUGUCUGAUCCAGUGAAACUGCAAGGAAGAAAGGUCUCUGAGGCCUCUGCCUGUUGACUGCAUGACAAACCCUAAAGGAAAUGCCAGUUGUGAUGGCCCGGGACCUGGAGGAAACAGCAUCAUCCUCAGAGGAUGAGGACCUGGUAAACCAAGAGGAUCACCCAUGUAUCAUGUGGACUGGAGGCUGCAGGAGAAUUCCAGUUUUGGUUUUCCAUGCUGAAGCUAUUUUGACAAAGGACAACAAUAUUAGAGUAAUUGGAGAACGUUAUCAUUUGUCUUAUAAGAUUGUGAGAACGGACAGUCGCCUGGUGCGAAGCAUUCUGACAGCCCAUGGAUUUCACGAAGUUCACCCGAGCAGCACUGACUAUAACCUGAUGUGGACAGGAUCCCACCUGAAGCCCUUCUUACUUCGAACCCUCUCUGAAGCACAGAAAGUUAAUCACUUCCCCAGAUCUUAUGAACUAACCCGGAAGGACCGACUGUACAAAAACAUCAUUCGAAUGCAGCACACGCAUGGAUUCAAGGCUUUCCACAUCCUCCCUCAGACCUUCCUCCUGCCAGCUGAGUACGCGGAGUUCUGUAAUUCAUAUUCAAAGGACCGGGGACCUUGGAUAGUAAAACCAGUGGCCUCUUCUAGGGGGCGGGGCGUCUACUUGAUCAACAAUCCAAACCAGAUCUCCCUGGAAGAGAACAUCUUGGUCUCCCGUUACAUUAACAACCCCCUGCUCAUAGAUGAUUUCAAGUUUGACGUGCGCCUCUAUGUGCUCGUGACCUCCUAUGACCCCCUUGUCAUCUAUCUCUAUGAGGAAGGAUUGGCUAGGUUUGCAACUGUGCGAUAUGACCAAGGAUCCAAGAACAUUCGGAACCAGUUCAUGCACCUGACGAACUACAGUGUGAAUAAGAAGAGUGGAGACUAUGUGAGUUGCGAUGAUCCAGAAGUGGAGGAUUAUGGGAACAAGUGGAGCAUGAGUGCCAUGCUUAGGUACCUGAAACAAGAAGGCAAGGACACAACUGCAUUGAUGGCCCAUGUGGAAGACCUGAUCAUUAAGACGAUAAUCUCUGCUGAACUAGCUAUCGCCACUGCCUGUAAGACCUUUGUCCCGCACCGCAGCAGUUGUUUCGAACUGUAUGGCUUUGAUGUGCUCAUAGAUAAUACUCUGAAGCCAUGGUUAUUGGAAGUGAAUCUCUCCCCUUCUUUGGCCUGUGAUGCACCGCUGGACCUCAAGAUUAAAGCCAGUAUGAUUUCAGAUAUGUUCACUGUUGUAGGAUUUGUGUGCCAAGAUCCUGCACAGCGGGCAUCCAACCGGUCAAUUUAUCCCACUUUUGAGUCUUCCAGGCGGAACCCUUUUCAGAAACCUCAGCGUUCCCGUCCACUUUCUGCCAGUGAUGCAGAAAUGAAAAACCUUGUGGCCUCAGCCCGGGAGAAGGUGCCGGGGAAGUUAGGCGGUUCUGUGCUUGGUCUGUCAAUGGAGGAGAUCAAAGUUUUACGGAGGGUAAAGGAAGAGAAUGACCGGAGAGGAGGAUUUAUCCGCAUAUUUCCUACAUCUGAGACAUGGGAAAUAUAUGGGUCCUACCUCGAACACAAAACCUCCAUGAACUAUAUGCUGGCAACACGCCUUUUCCAGGACAGGGGAAACCCAAGAAGAAGCUUGCUGACAGGAAGAACACGGAUAAAUACUGAAGGUGCACCAGAACUGAAGGUGGAGAGCAUGAAUUCCAAGGCCAAGCUGCAUGCUGCUCUCUAUGAGAGGAAGCUCCUGUCUCUGGAGGUGCGAAAACGUAGACGACGGAGUGGCAGAUUGAGGGCAAUGAGGCCAAAAUACCCAGUGAUUACCCAACCAGCUGAAAUGAAUAUUAAAACUGAGACAGAAAGUGAAGAGGAGGAAGACGUUGGAUUAGACAACGAAGACGAAGAGCAAGAAGCCUCCCAGGAGGAGUCUGCAGGGUCUCUUGCAGAAACUCAAGCCAAGUACACGCCUUCGUUGACUGUUAUAGUAGAAAAUUCGCCCAGAGACAGUUCCAUGAAAGUUACCGAGUGGACUAAUAAAGGUGAUCAGUGCUGCAAAAUUGAGACUCAAGAGCCAGACUCUAAAUUUAAUCUGAUGCAGAUUCUCCAGGAUAAUGGAAAUCUAAGCAAAGUGCAGGCCCGGCUGGCAUUCUCUGCCUACCUUCAGCAUGUGCAAGUCCGCCUGACGAAAGACAGUGGUGGUCAGACUCUCAGUCCCAGUUGGGCUGCCAAAGAGGAUGAACAGAUGGAGCUAGUGGUUCGUUUCCUUAAGCGAGCAUCAAGUAAUCUCCAGCAUUCAUUAAGGAUGGUGUUGCCUAGUCGGCGAUUGGCACUUCUGGAGCGCAGAAGAAUCCUUGCCCACCAGCUAAGUGACUUUAUCGUUGUGUACAACAAGGAAACAGAACAAAUGGCUGAAAAGAAAUCAAAGAAGAAACUAGAAGAGGAGGAGGAAGAUGGGGUAAACCCAGAAAGCUUUCAGGACUUCAUCCGACAAGCAAGUGAGGCUGAACUGGAGGAGGUGUUGACUUUCUAUACCCAAAAAAACAAGUCUGCCAGUGUCUUCCUGGGAACUCACUCUAAGAGUUCUAAGAACAGCAGUAGCUAUUCUGAUAGUGGGGCCAAAGGUGAUCACCCUGAGACAAUUCAAGAAGUGAAAAUAAAGCAGCCCAAACAGCAACAGGCAACAGAAAUCCACUCCGAUAAAUUAUCUCGAUUUACCACUUCAGCAGGAAAAGAGGCUAAACUAGUCUAUACCAAUUGUUCUUCUCUCUCUGGUCCUGCUGCUGUUCUUCUGCAGAAACUUCCCAGCACCCACUUGUCAUCUAUUAUUACCACCUCUGCCCUCUCGUCAGGUCCUGGCCACCAUUCUUCUUUAUCUCAGAUUUCUCCAGCUAUCCCCAGCAUGCCUCACCAGUCAGCACUUUUACUGAACCCAGUCCCCGACAGUGCUUCUCCCUCCAUACACCCUGGGACCCAGAACGUAAGCCCCGCUGGCCUGCCACGCUGUCGAUCAGGCAGUUACACCAUGGGCCCCUUUUCCUCUUUCCAAAGUGCCGCACACAUCUAUAGCCAGAAACUGUCUCGUCCCUCUUCAGCAAAGGCAGCAGGUUCAUGCCAUCCUCAUAAGCAUCAUUCAGGAAUAGCCAAAACUCAAAAAGAGGUUGAAGAUGGUUCAUUCAACAGAAGGUACAACCAAAGCUUGGUUACGGCCGAACUCCAGCGGCUAGCAGAGAAGCAGGCAGCCAGGCAGUAUUCUCCAGCCACUCACAUCAACCUCCUCACCCAGCAGGUGGCAAACCUGAACUUGGCCGGCAGUGUCAUAAACAGAAGUAGCGCCUCCACACCCCCCACCCUUCGGCCUGUCAUCAGUCCUAGCGGCCCGACGUGGUCUAUACAGUCAGACCUCCACGUUCCUGAGAGCCACACCAGCCCCCCUGGGAGCAGGAGCCUCCAGACAGGCGGCUUUGCCUGGGAGGGCGAGGUGGAGAACAACGCGUACAGCAAGGCCACAGGGGUGGUUCCGCAGCACAAGUAUCACCCCACAGCAGGCAGCUACCAACUCCAUUUUGCCCUCCAGCAACUUGAACAACAAAAACUUCAGUCCCGGCAGCUCCUGGACCAGAGUCGAGCUAGGCACCAGGCGAUCUUUGGCAGCCAGACACUACCUAACGCCAGUUUAUGGACGAUGAAUAAUGGUGCAGGCUGCAGAAUUUCAAGUGCCACAGCUGGUGUCCAGAAGCCAAACACCCUGCCACAAAAAGUGAUGCCACCUCCAAGUUCCUCCUCCUUGGUCUCCAAGCCCCCAUCCAAUCACAAACAAGUGCUCAAGAAGGCCGCAUCCCAGAGGGCUUCCAAAGUCUCCGCUGUGGAAGGGCAGCUGAAUGGACUUCAGAGCAGCCUUAACCCUGCGGCCUUUCUGCCCAUCGCCAGUUCCACAGGAUCUUUGGAAGCGCCCCAAGUUAUUUUCGCCAGAUCCAAACCCUUACCCACACAUUCUGGAGCCCUUGCCACAGUUAUAGGACAGAGAAAAUCAAAGUCGAUGAAGUCAGGGACAAUUUAAGAUCCCACUCACACUGACCGAUGACCCGGAGACUGGGGAAGAAGAACCUGUUGCGCACUCCUGGGAGCGGGAUGGGGGCUACGCCUCCACGGUGCUGCCAGGGGUCUAUAGUAUUUUUUUGCUGCCUCAGAGUCCCCAAGGCCUUCAAGCAGAAGUGGCAGUAGAUGGUUGCCAUCAGCCCAUCCAGGGCAACAGGGAAGCAAAUCCACUGGGUUUGGUGGAACUUGGCAGUGGGGACUCUGGCCUGAUGCUUCACGUCCCCUUCAGAGCGCGAGUGUGCCUCCCCUGCCCUCCCCUCCCCUCCCACCCUGCUAGGCCCUCUCUGUCCCUCCUGCUGCUCCCAGAUGAUAUAAAAGAGGCUCUUUGGCUAUUUGCAUCUGGCUUUUGCUUCUUUUCCAGAUUGAAGUAUUAAGUUUAUUUUAUUUUGUACGAGCUUCAGAUCCCAAAACCAUCCACCAAGCUCGAUCUUCCCUUGGGGAGAGGAGCCAACAGCACCGGUUCCCCAGAGUGGGGAAGCAAGCAGGCGACCGCCAUGGGACAGGCGCCUUUUGGAAUUACUGACUUCUAAGAUUAAUAAAGUAAUUCAAUUUUUCUUUCCUUUUUUUUCCAUUCACUAAUUUCCCAUCAAUCAAUAUUCACAGUCAGGGCUAAAAUGGAACCAACAUUUCAUUUUGUUUCAUAUCUCACUUUUGCACAGUUUUUCAGUUUUCAUUUUAGAAUGGGAGCUAUCAAGAAACUUAGCAGAUGGGAGCACCAGGCUAGUUCCCAGAGCCAUGGAACUGGUGUGUGCCACCACUCCUGGCGUGUCCUCCAGCAGCCUUAUUCACUGUGGUCCUGAGUGGGGUAUGGAUGUGCCCACUUGCACCCAGCCUCUCCGCGUAGUUGCUCCCGGUGACUGCAGCACACAUUAGAUCUUCCCUCCAACGUCUGCUGCGAGUCAGACUUUCAAGAAACCCCCCCAUCAACCGUGUUGAAAUCCAGACAGAAAAAAUGACACCUAAGAAGACAGAUGGGUCCUGUGUGGUGACUCAUGCCUCUCGUCUCAUCAUGAGGAAGGCAGGGGGAUUACCACGAGUUAGACACCAGGCUGGGCUGGACUUUGUAGUGAGUUCAGUACCAGCAUGGAAGUCAGAGUCCCAAGAUCUUGUCUCAACAAACUGAAGAAGAGGAGGGGGGUGAAGACAGAAAAGGGGGACUUUGCUUUCUUUUUAGUGCAUGAAUUGGGUUCAGGCACAGUGGAGGAUUAGGACUCUCAAGAGCAGGAUAGAGAAAGGUUUCCAUGUAGUCUAGGACCAUCUUAACUGCUCACUUGAUCUGAGCUGGCUAGACAACACAUUCUGAUUCCUCCAUCAUCGCUUUCUGCUGUUAGAACUGGAGAAAAAGGUCUGGAGUUCUCCGCCUGCCAAUCUGGCCCAAAGGAGCGAGGGGACAUGAGCUUAGGGUAAGAACUUUCAAAGCAGCUGUCACACUCAGAGUUGCUCUCGGCACCCGAUCAGAGCAAAAUCCUCUCUGCCCACCAGGGGCUAAAGCCAGACUCCAGUCUUGUCUUGCCUUGGUGCUUCCAGGUCAUUCUUUCGGGUGCUGGCCUUGGCUAUAAGCCAGGCGGAUUGUUCUAGCCUUCCUCCCCCAGUCAUGGUGUCCUCUCCAGUCCUGCCGCUCUCCUCAAAACAAGUGUGUGCCAUUGAAGACAGUGGUUCAAAUGGCCCCAUUGCUUGUGAGCGGCCAUGGGAAGGGAAGACUGGACUGCAGACCUUCGCGUGUGCUUGUACAUGUUUUUUGACAUGAGUAGUGUCUAGCGUGAGAACACCCGUAAUCACGGUGUGUUCUUUAAGAUAGCAUCAGGAAGCAUAUCCAGUUGCCUUGGUUCAAACUUGUAGCAGGACCCUGGGAGACAGGGUGAAAGGGACAGAAAGAUUAUUUCCUGCAUCCUUAUUGAUGCUGGAAAGGACCUGUAUCUGAUGCAGUGCACUUCUUCCCCGAAGGCAAUUUAUGGAGGCAGCCUGGACCCUGCCCCAGCGGGAGCAGACCUCUAGGUCUGCAGCCUAAAACUGUAUGUUACUUCUGUUUGUAUUCAGUUUUGUUAAACCUUGUUUGUAAGUCUUUUGUCUGCAUGUAUGUCUGUGAACCAUGUACCUGUAGAAGCCAGAAGAGGAUGUCAGACCAUAUGGAACAUGAAUUACAGUUGGGUGGUUCUGGGAAUCGAACCCUGGUCCUCCAGAAAAGCAGCCAGUUCUCUUAACAUUUCUUAAGCCUUAUUGUACAUCUCUUCUGAACAUGAGAGACUUUCAUGCCUACUGAAGUUUGAGGGUAACUGUCACAAUUAAUAGAUUGUAAUAGAUUGUAGUACUUGGACCAGGCAUGGCGGUGCAUACCUUUAAUCCCAACAUUCAGAAGUCAUUUGAAACAAGCCUGAUCUUCCUAGGUGUUCCAGGGCAGCCAGAGCUACAGUGUAAAAACCUGUCUCAAAACUAAACUGGCUGACAUGUUGGCAUAUUUCUCCCACCACAUACUCACACACACACACACACACACGCAUGCACACACACACACAUGCACACAAGACAGAACACUUCCAUAACCAGGAUUCAAGCUGGGGACAGGGGCCACUGUAUAAAUGAGUUGGGCCUGAACAAAGCACAGAGAUAGUCUUAGUGGCUGUGGUAGUUUGAUUGUAAUUGCCCCCAUAAUAGAGGGGUGGCACCAUUAGGAGGUGUGGCUUGGUUGGAGUGGCUAUGGUCACGGUGGGGGCGGGCUUUGAGGUUUCCUGU